AUGCAUGUCUUGUCUUUCAGUCAACUCACCUGGCACUGCGAUUUCCGAUCAGAAGUGGUUCCAAUAGACGAUUUUGGAUUGCUGAAUGCAAAAAUAUCCUCAGAAAUAGCGAUGGCAUGUACGAUCAUCCUAGUUCUAGAGGUCGCCCUUCUUUCAAUUGCCGUCGAUGGUCUUGAUAAUUGUCAUGGUUCCUCUCUUUCAAAUAAUUAUCGUGACUACAUAUAUGAGGCAGUGAAAAACGAGAUACCAGAUCUGGAAUAUAACUGCUUUUACGAGCAAGUUGCUCUUCAACGUUUCUGGGAGAAGUUCGCACCAGAAAGGAGAGGCGACAGCCGUUUUGAUAAAAGAAUUCAUGAAACAGCUUCAAAAGGCAACGACACUUUGCAGUACAGUUUCUUCGAAGCUGCAGCCAAAGCGUGGAAGGACAAGAAAUUGGAGUACAAAAGCAGCUUCGGAUGUAACGUUCAGCAGAGAAGUGGCAAAUCCAGACUCGUUUGUCUUUUCUUCUAA